UGGGGCGUUGAGUUUAGUUAUUAUUUUGUGUGGUCCCUCUUAGAUAAAGGAAUUAGCAGAUAUUAUAUUCGACCUGUUUGCAUUAUGGCAGAAGCAGAAAAUUUACAAGGUGAAAAUGUACGUAUGUAUGACGACAUUGAUCGAAUGAAUAAUAAUGAAUGGAACAAGUUUGCACGACUUGAAUCUGGGUUGGAUUUAUCCAACAAACAAAUAGAUAACAUUAAGUUACAAAAUCCUACCAAUGUUCUGGAACAACAAUAUCUAAUGGUGGUCGAGUCAAAAAAUUCGAGGUGAAAAUUUCAUAAGUUUUACCCUAUAUAUAUACAAUAGGUGUGGUAUAUACACAGUGAAGCAUGCCAGGGAACCAUUACCCUAAGAAUUAUAUUGUUUUCACAAAGUCCGGCGCCGUAGCACAGUUGGUUACCCCGCCUGCCUAUAAUCCAGAGGUAAUGGGUUCAAGGGUUGUCACCAAGCUGGCUCGAGGUGUAUAUAACAGAUUUUAAAAUGACACAUUUUUAUUUUAUUUUUUCAAAAACAGAAACUUAUUGAGAAAAUUCAAAAUACUGAAAAAUGGAAAAAUUCAUGGAACAGAUUAAAAUAAAAUAAAAUCACUAAACAGUGUGUUUUUUUAUUUAGUGACAAAUACUUUUAAAAAUUGCUAAGUUUAUAUUUCUUGGAACCAUUAGUGUUACCAGACACACAGUGUGUUAAUACACAUGGGCACCUGUACUGUUGAAAUGACUUGCUUUUCGACAAAUUUGUCAGUUUGUACCACUAUUGAGUAUAUAAAGGUACUUCGAAUCACUAUUAAAGCUAUGUAGAUAGUUUGCACCAUCAUUAAAUAAAUGUAGUCAGCUAGAUCAAAUUGAGUAAAACCAAGCUAACCAACCUAUAGAUCCUUAAUGUAUUUAGUUGCAACAAACAUAUUGACAUUCUAUACUGAUUAUUGCAAUAACAAUAACCAUUGAGGUAAACAGGUAUUACCACCGUGAAUAAGGACAACUUCCUUUACAUUGAGUAAGAACUAUACCCACCUAACCUUCACAUCCUUGGUCUACUUAGUGGAAUGAGACAGGACAUCAGUCACACUGGGUUUAAUAAUCAGUUUAUGAACAGUUUUAGAUCAUUUCCAGAUUUACGCAAGCGGUUCUGCAGGAAGAUUAAAGUGAAUUGAGUUCUUACUACCAGGUAUAUGGAUUAUAGUUGUUCUGCAUCUUGAUUGAAAUUUGUUUUGGAUUGUUCAGAUAUGGAAGAUAAUGGGGCUUUACAAGAUGAAACAGGAGGGAAUGUACACGGCGGAGAAACUUCUGGCAACCAGGUAUCCGCAAGUGAUGGAAACGGGUCCCACGAACAACCUGAAAACAAAAGAAAAUGCUGCAUAAAAAGAUGGGAGGAAAUACACAAGGAGAAAACGAAAAGGGACAACGAGGAAGCAAAGGAGAAGAUGGGCAAAAGAUUAAAAUUAAUGAAGGACUUAACAGUUCAAUGUAAGGAAAAUGGAAUUACAGAUCCAAUUAAAAAUCAUGCACAAGCUACAGAAUCAGGGGAUUAUUACAUGUUUAUUGAUGAGACAAAAAGAAAACAAAUUAUGGGAUCAGAUGAUGAAAAUAUGAAGAUGCACAAACUUCUGCAGCUUGUUGGGUUCGAUCUGGAAAAAGAAGGUGUUUGCUGCGAUAAAGAAAAAAAAGAGGAAGAGACAAAAAGUUGCAUAGAAAGUGAAGAUAUGGAAUUGGAAAAUUUGGCUCCUACGUCACAAGGUACAAUUAUUAGUCAAGGGGUGAGAGAAUCAUUGAAACAGAGUUGCACACCAAAAAAGAACAAUCAAAAGAACACUUCUGCAGAUAAAAAGAAAUCGAAAAUUACAACUGAUAAAAUUUGUUCCUGCUGUUGCGCGAUUUGGUAUGCGAUGGCUGCACACUUUUACUUUGUUUGUUAUUUUAUCUUCAUUCUCAACAUGAUGCUGAAUCCUUCUGUACUAUCUGGGAUUCUCCCCUUCAUUCUCUUCUUCUGUGCAUGUUUCCGCAACAUCAGAUAUAACACUGUGUUGUGGGUGAUUGCUGGAGGAUGGACAUUGGGGGUGUUCAUAGCCAGAUUAGUCUGUUAUUUCGGGUCUUUCCAGUUUAACAGCCAGGAGGAAAUAAAUCUCCAUCAGAACGAACCUUUCUCACGGCCGAGGAUCAUCGGGUAUGAGAAAUCCGUACCUUGGCUGGUGAUGGACAGUCUUCAACUUGUUUUCGUCCUCCUUCAAAUUAUUUUGCUUAUGUAUCCGCGUUGUCCAUGUUGCUGCUGUAAUGGAACAUCAGAAGCAACAGGCAGCCAAAAAGCGACAACAACAGAAACAACAGACAACCCAAAACCGACGACAUCAGAAGCAACAGACAGCCCAAAACCGACGACAUCAAAAGCAACAGACAACCCAAAACAGACGACAACAGGAGCAACAAACAGCCCAAAACCGACGACAUCAAAAGCAACAGACAACCCAAAACAGACGACAACAGGAGCAACAAACAGCCCAAAACCAACAACAUCAAAAGCAACAAACAACCGAGAAGCGAUGACAACAAUAGAAAAAAAGUUGUGUAUUUGUUGCUGCUGUUGUAAAGAAACAAAAUGCAAAAAGAAAGAUGAAAACAUUUAUGAUGUUUAUCUUCUGAUGUUGGUUUGUGACACCAUAAACUUCCUUAUCUUUGCAUUUGCAUAUUGGUCAUUCGGGUUUUAUUCAACCCAUCAUACAAGCCUUUUGACACAUCUUCAAUCGAAUCACGUACCACAUGGACUGCUUUUACUGCUAUUGGUGCAGUUGUUGUUGAUGUUUCUUGAUCGAAUUCGCUACCUGCUUCACUGUUAUUGCUGUGGCCUAGUAUAUCACAUCGUGGUUGUGGUGGGUGUUCAUGUUUUCCUAUUUUGGUUUGUUCCAUAUUACACCAACAGGCCAUUCAACCAAAAUUGUUUUGCACAAAUUUGGUAUUUCUUCAAAGCUGUUUAUUUCCUUCUAUCUGGCUACCAGAUCAGGCAUGGCUACCCAAGUUUUCUCACAACAAAGAAUGUUUUUAGGAAGUAUGGGGGAAUAAACUGGUUUCUGAAUAAAUGUUACCGAUUAAUUCCAUUCCUUGCCGAAGUAAAAACACUUAUGGACUACGUAUUCACGAAAACAACAUUGACGAGAUCCGAAUGGUUUAACUUUCAAUCAAUUUAUGCAGAAGUUUAUGAUCUUGAAUGUUCGAAAAGUGAAAAGGAUAGUGCCAGAGGAGCACCCCAGCGUGGUUGUGGCAAGUUUGGUUGGUUCAUUGUUUUGGCAGUUGUUCUUCUCUUCAUAUUGGGACCUUUAUUUAUCUUAUACUUUGGUAUUACCGUUUUGGGAGUUACCAACAAUCCAAUGCAAGUGUCUAUGAAAAUAUCUCUUGGUUCUUUCGAGCCACUGUUUCAAGUCGUAGCUGAUUCCGAUCACAUUAAAGUUUGGACCAAAACUGAAUUUGAAAACUUUCGACAAGAGUUUAGCUUAAGCCAGAAUGCAGUAGAAUUUGUGAAAGAUUUUGGAUACAGGCAAAUUGUCACCGUGACCGUAGGUGGUGAAUCGAAGAGAAUUUGGAUCAUCAGCCCCCCACAAUAUGAACUACUGGUGGAAAGGUUAAGUCCUAACAAUACUAAGCCAGUGAGGUUGCUGUUUGAAUGGACACUUACUAAUGACCCAGCUGUCACUGACAUGGUAUCCUCGUACGGUUCAAACUCAGUGAUGCUUGAACAAAGUAGUGAAGAACGGAAACAUCUUUAUCAACUGUUGAAACAAACCAAAAGAAUAAACACAACUGACAGCGCUAUCAUCAUGAAUUUGUUUCCCCAAUAUGUUCACUCACAAAGUACUUCCUCGACUGUGAGACCUGCCUACAAUUUAUACCAAGGUACCAGUAAAACAUUUACAAACGUGAGGCUUACUUUACGAAGGAACGAUAGCUCCACCUGGUGGCGAGUGUUCGACGACCCAACACCAAAGGAGAAACCAAAUCUUCAACUUACUAUUUUUAGCGACAAAGUCUCUAAUCCAUAUUUGAACUUCAUUGUUAGCAUUGGGUGGUUGGCUUUAUAUUCGUCUUAUGUUUUGGUCGUAGGAAAUGCGAUUCGUCAAAGUUGGGGGUCUACUUCAACUAUCAUGUUUCAAGAGCUUCCAAAUGUUAAACGAAUCCUUGAGCUUUGCAACGACAUUUACGUGGCGCAGGAAAAUAGCAUGUUCCAACUUGAAGAACUUCUUUACGCCAAGUUGAUUUUCCUGUAUCGAUCUCCCACUACGCUUAUCAAGUGGACCAAACCAGAGACUUUAAAAGAAAAUCAAAAUGAGUCGAAGAAUUCUUCGCAAGAUGUUGUUGUUGCUACUAGUAAUGCUGCUCCUAGUAAUAAUGCUGCUCCUAGUAAUGAUGCUGCUAGUAAUGAGUCCGGCUGCUGUUGUUGCUGUUAGUAAUGAAUGAAACUUGCUUUAUCCUUGCAUGGCAGGGCGAAAUGACAUAAGUUAU